AUGUCCUGGAUAGUCGUCUUCGCUCGCCUGCUUUUGCUCAACUUUUCUACUCAAACGUCAUCUCCAUUGCAAAAGUACACUAUCACUGCCCCAGGCAUCAACGCUUCUUUCAUCCCAUAUGGUGCUCGCCUGACUAAUCUGCUUGUAAAUGACCACAAUGGCAAUUCGCAAGACAUCGCACUUGGCUACGAUGAUCCGGACCAAUACAUAAGAGACACCGAAACCAAUCACACCUACUUCAGACCCGUGGUAGGUCGCUACGCCAACCACAUUAAAAACGGCACCUUCACCCUCAAUCAUCUGAAUGGUGUGACCUCUCAGAUCCCCACAAACGAUAACAGCGGCGCAGAUACCCUUCAUGGCGGCUCAAUCGGGUACGACCAGCGCAACUGGACCGUCAAUUCAACCCGUGUAACUUUCUCCCUGCUCGACCUCGCCUUCGAAGGGUUCCCCGGCUCCAUAAUCACGUACGCCACGUACACCGUCUCCUCAGAUCCAACCCCAAAAUGGACAUCUCGGCUCGUUUCCGUACCUCUUGAUGAGCUCACGCCCAUCAUGCUGGCUAAUCAUGUUUACUGGAACCUCGACGCUUUCACGAAUCCUGAUGAUGCUACGGUGCUGAAUAACACACUUCAUAUGCCCUACGCCAGGCGGUAUAUCGGAAUCGACAAUAUCGAAGUCCCGACGGGGGUCCUCAACACGGUUGCUGGAACACCCCUGGACUUCACAUCUCCGAAGCAGAUCGGACGGGAUAUCAACACCGCAAUUAAUUCCUGCGGGUUCAAUUGUACUCGUUACGACAACGCAUUCAUCCUCGAUCGCCCUGGCUCGUCUGGCGUAGAUUCCACGGAUCUGAGCAUGUUAACCCUGGCUUCGCCUGUGACUGGCAUUCAGGUGGAUGUGUGGACCAAUCAGCAGAGCGUGCAGAUUUAUAGCUGUAAUGGUCAGAACGGGACUAUUGGGGUUAAGGAGAGUCAGCAGCACAAGAGUGGUGGGGAGAGGACGUUUGUGGAGAAAUAUGGGUGCGUGGUUAUUGAGACGCAGCAGUGGAUUAAUGGGGUUAAUCAUCCGGAGUGGGGGCAGGAGGGGUAUCAGGUUUUUGGGCCGGAGACGGGACCGGCGGUUGUGUGGGCGGAGUAUGCUUUUAGUAUAGUGAAGUCGUGA